AUGUCGUCGAACGAUCCACGGAUAAAUACACUAAAUUUUGUAUCUGUGUUCUUUGCGCGUUAUGUUUUAAGUGUUUUAUUUCUACUUGGAUUUAUCGGUCUCACACUCAAUACUCUUGUAUUUACACGCAGAGUAUUACUUCAAAAUUCUUGCGCACGUUAUUUUUUAGCAUCCACAAUAGCCAAUUAUCUUGUUGUCUAUUUUGUUAUACCAAGUCGUGUUUUAUCUGAUGGUUUUAAUGUUGAUCCCGGAACAUAUUCACUAGGCUACUGUAAAUUUCGAUUUUAUAUCUAUUUUACAUGUAAAUCUCUCUCAUCAUGGUUCAUUGUUCUUGCGUGUAUCGAUCGCUUUAAGUCCAGCUCUCGUAAUUUUAAAUGUCGGCAAUUUAGUCGUUUAUCCGUCGCUCGAAAUAAUAUUGUAAUUACAACAAUUGUUUGCAUAUUAUUCUAUUCUCAUGUACUUAUCUUUUACGACAAUCGAAAUGGUAUUUGUGAUUCAUUAAUAGGUAUCUAUCGAAUGUUCGAUGAUACCUGUUACCUUAUCGGUUACAGCAUCGUGCCACCAAUAUUAAUGAGCGUAUUCGGUGUUUGGACAAUCUAUAAUAUGCAUCAUCUAAGACUAAUUGCACCCAAAUCAACAGGAUCUAGAGCUGCCGUGAUGAUGAAGAGAAAUCAACAAUUAGCAUUUAUGUUAUUGUUUCAAGUCAUAUUUAUAACAUUGACCACUGUGCCGCAUGCAAUUCAAAAACUAUAUAGCACAUUGACAUCCGAUUUUGUCAAAAGUGAUCUUAUCCUUGCACAAGACAAUUUCUAUGCAGAAGUAGCUCGUGUAAUAUCGUUUCUUAAUCAUACAUGUUCAUUUUAUAUCCUAACACUAUCAGGCAAAACAUUUCGUACCGAACUGGUUAAGAUGUUUGAAAAAAUUCAACAUUAUUUUACGUUGCAUCGAAAUACAACAGUUAGAUGUGUUCCAUUAACAAAUAUCAAAGUAAAUGGAACAACAAAUUAG